AUUAGGCGGGUUUUGACAGUGGGCGUGUUUACACAUGUAAACUUAAAACAUCAACAAACUAAGAUUAUCCUCAGUCUGUCUGUGCGAGUGUUUGAAGGAGAGUUCACAUAGACGCUCCCUGAAAACGGCGGAAUUUGAACUGAAUUGAAAACAGACAGGGACGAAUCAUAACAGACGAACAUGGAUAUGCACUGCUGAGGCGGCUGACGGUGAUAGCUGAAGAUAUCAUUUGGGUUUUUAUUUUUAUUCUUAUAAAAACGGAAAAUGUUGGAUAAACGGAUUGUUGACCUGCGUUUGGAUCAGCUGGAAGAAGUCAAAGCGAAAAAUGGUAAAGAGCACUUUGAGAAGCAGUAUAAGAUGGGAACCCUUUUGGGAAGCGGCGGGUUCGGUUCUGUGUUCUCCGGACAACGCAUUUCAGACGGGCAACAGGUCGCUAUUAAACAAAUAUCCCGUGACAGAAUUCAACAGUGGGCAAAACUGCCUGGGGAAGCGAACGCGGUCCCAAUGGAGGUCGCUCUCCUCCUGUGUCUGGGUGGAGGGUCAGGGUCGGUACCCGGUCACCGCGGCGUCAUCCGGAUGCUCGACUGGUUUGAGGUGCCGGGUCAGGGCUAUCUCAUUGUGUUUGAAAAACCCCAACACUGUCAGGACCUGUUUGACUUCAUCACUGAACGUGGGGCCCUGGAGGAGCCCAUUGCACAGAGGUUCCUCAAACAGGUCGUCGAAGCCCUCCAGUUCUGCCACUCCAAGGGAAUUGUCCAUCGGGACAUCAAAGAUGAGAACAUCCUUAUUGACACCCGCACCGGUGACAUCAAAAUCAUCGACUUUGGUUCUGGCGCUCUACUGAAGGACUCCAUUUACACUGACUUUGAAGGUACCAGAGUCUACAGCCCUCCAGAGUGGAUCCUCCACCAGCGUUACAGCGCUCAUCCGCUCACUGUGUGGUCACUGGGCGUACUUCUGUUCGACAUGGUGUGUGGAGACAUUCCCUUCGAGCGGGACGGCGACAUUGUACGAGCCACUCCGAGUUUCACUAAGCGCAUCUCCAAAGAAUGCCAGUCUCUGAUUCGCUGGUGCCUCUCGUACAGGCCGGAGGACCGGCCGAGUUUGGAGCAGAUUUUGCAGCACCCUUGGAUGACGGAGACCUCUGAGGACACGGGAGAUUUGCGAGCGGAAAGCAAUAUUAAGCCAAGCCUUUAAAUCCUGAAGGACUUUUCACACACACACUGUUUCGUUUGACACUGGACUUACUGAACUCUAGUUGCUGGCUUCUGGAUACUUCCUUAUUUAUUUUUGUUUGGCUGCCUUCAACGUUGGUUUUUUUGUUUCAUAUGGACUUGGGUUCUGUGCUUCUCGAAGCUCUGGAUUGAUGCAGUUUUACUUUAUGAGUGAAUUUUUCCCCACGACUACAGCCAUCACAGCUCAAUGCAACAGCGGGAAACGUUCUUAUUUAUUGCUGAUUAUUUAUGUUUUUUUCAGCCACGUACUAAUUUAUUUGUGCGCUCUGUGGUUCACGAAGUUUCAGAAGCAGCAAACGGUGUUCGUUUUGUUAGUCUGUGUUCGUUUUAAGUUCAAACUCACUUAAAUGUUAGUGGGUGGACUUGCAGUCGCUUGUUAGACUGCGAUGAUACCUGGUUUUACAGGUUUUUGCUGUACAGUGAUAUUCUCUCCCUGUUCUAAGGGGUUUCAAAAAGACUGGAUCUGCUUUCCAGUCUUUUGACGGGAGGCCUGCUGUAACAAUAAUUCAGGCUCAUGUGGAUCUGUUCCCAUUGAUCAACACACACACUCUCAAAGAAGGUGCGACAGAAGAGGAGAGGAACAUUCCUUUGGAUCCUGUACUCUAAAUCAACCAAUUCACUAGACAGAAAGCCAGGCAGCUUUUGGUUUCUGUUGGUAUUGUUUGUGAAAUACCUGGUGUGUAAAGAAUGUCGUCAGGACGCUUCAUUCAGAUAUGUGUCAUUUUGUUGAAAGUUCCCAAAGGUCAAAGUUUGACUAAUGUCAUGAGGGCUUCAACCACUAACCCACUAGUGAUGUUUACUAAAAAGGGCCAAGUGAGCUUUUCAUAAUUGUUUGAUUUCAUUAUAACACACCAAAGAGAUCUGCCUUACAGUUGAUGUGACCAAAGUUUGGGUCCAAAAUGUUCAAAUUCUUUGAUUUGAGACUUUAAAAUUGAAUGUAUGUGAAUGGGACCUCUCCAAACAUAAUGUGUAAUGCAUUUGCACAUGCAAACACUGGGGUAUUUUUUUUUUGAUACAGCCAAUUAUAUGAGAAACAAAAUCCUUGCCAUUUUUGCUUGGGUUGGCAAACAAAUUUGCUGUAAAUACUUGUGUAUUGAAAUGUGCUGUGGCUGUUGUCACAAGAUGUUUAAUUUAUGAGAUUCUAUAAAUAAAAAAUAUAGAGGUGAAAUAUCUAUAUUUAAAGAAACAUC